GCGUACGACUGCAAAGUCCGGUAUUGCGGAGCGGCAACAAUUGACCCAGCAGUCCAAGGGCGGCCGAACAACGUCACGUGCGACAAGCUCUUCGACUACAGGCCGGGGGACAAACAGGAAAGCAACGCGAAACCCUGCCAGAACUCCGAUGGCGACGCCUGCGAACCCUCCGCAGCUGUAAUGUGCGCCGACGGCGCAAGUGUGUCGCCGCCGGCGCAACCGCCACCGUCGCCGCCACCAGCAGCGCAGCUGCUCGACCUUCGCACGGCCACCACGUACCAGGACUUGCAGGACUCGAGCAUGUUCGACAAGCAGGCGCCCGUGAGCGACCUGUCAUACGCCGACAGCACGACGGGACGGCCGUGGGCCGAGUGCGGCCACUUCACAAGCCAAUGGUGGGGCGUCGACCUCGGGAGCGAGGUGUAUGUGCGCCACGUGAGGCUGCAGAACCGCAACGACUGCUGCGCGGAGCGGCUGACGGACGUCGACAUCUAUCUCGGCUCGACGGCGGAGACGUACACGGGCAACGCGCUGGUGAAGUCGGACGUGAGCGUGUCGUCGAACGUGAUGUUGGAGGUGGAGAUCAACGCGUUGGGGCGCUACAUCUACCUCAACCGGCCGUCUGCGGCGGGGCUGACG